AUGGCCGAUAGAAGGAGGGUGAAUGGCCCCUCAGGCGCAACGGUGCCUCCCGCCUACGACGAUGAGGACGUUGUUUCCACCCAAAGAACUCGACCAGCAAAUGGUAUCAGAGCUAUCUAUCUGAAGACCGGUGUCACACCUUCUGCAUCUGGCUCAGCCUACCUGGAGUUUGAACCUAGAGAGGGCUCUUCAGGGUCUGGCAUGAAGCUCACAUGCACGGUGCAUGGACCGAGAUCGUUGCCACGAUCAGCUCCGUUCUCGCCUCAUAUGGUUCUAUCAACACACGUCAAGUAUGCUCCAUUUGCGACAAAGCAGCGUCGAGGCUAUUUGCGCGACUCCAGUGAACGAGAUCUCAGCACACAUCUCGAGACGGCACUUCGUGGCACCUUGAUUGCUGAUCGAUGGCCCAAGAGUGGUGUUGAUGUUAUUGUUACGAUUAUAGAGGGCGAACUUACCCGACAAGCUGCCCAAGACCAGGGAAUUGAGAGCUGGGAGAUGAUGAACGUCUUGAGCGGCUGCAUCACGGUUGCUUCGGCAGCCAUUGCCGAUGCAGGCAUCGACUGCGUCGACACGGUGGCCGGAGGUGUUGCCGCCAUGGUCAGCAAGGACGAGAAUGAAGAGCCUGUAAUUGUACUCGAUCCCGUGCCUUCUGAGCAUGGCCAAGUAUUGGCAGCUUGUUGUGUGGCGUAUCUGCCUACACGGGAUGAGAUCACAAAUCUCUGGUUCAAGGGGCGCCUGCAACCGUCAAAUGCAGAUUCGCAGCGUCUUCUUAUAUCAAGAGCGGUACAUGCAAGCAAGGGCACAUGUCAGGCUAUUUCAGCAUCAUUGGGUGAGGCCAUGGCUGCCCAAUGA